AUGAGACCAAUUAAGUUGAUGGGUCAUGAGCGUUCGUUAACGCAAGUAAAAUACAACAGAGAAGGUGAUUUAAUCUUCUCUGUGGCAAAAGAUAGCACAGCAUCCAUCUGGUAUUCUUCAAAUGGUGAAAGAUUAGGAACUUUAGAAGGUCAUAAAGGUACUUUAUGGUCGAUUGAUGUGGAUAGUGAAACCAAAUUCUGUGCCACUGGAUCUGCUGAUUUAAGUAUUAAGUUAUGGACCGUUGAGAAUGGUAUUUGUGUGUAUACUUGGGCUGCACCAACUCCUGUUAGAAGAGUUAGUUUUUCACCUGAUAAUAAGAAAUUAUUAUCUGUUACCGAUCAAGUUAUGGGUCAACUUGGUACUAUACUGAUUUACGCUGUGAACUAUGACGGAGACUAUUCUAACCAAAAAGCUGAACCUAUUUUAACUAUUCCUACUAGGCCAGACUCCUCAAAGGUAACAGUUGCAGAAUUCUCUCAAGAUGGUAAAUAUAUUAUUGCUGGUCAUGAAAAGGGUGAAAUUUCCAAAUAUGAUGCCUCUACUGGUGAAUACAUUCAAUCCGUUCAAGCUCACGGUAUCCAUAAUGAAGAACAAACCGUUUCCGUCACAGAUAUACAAUUAGCACCUGAAGAUGGUUCUUAUUUCAUCACGUCAUCAAAGGAUAAAUGUGCCGUAUUGAUUGAUCUGGAAUCAUUUGAAAUCUUGAAGGUUUACAAAGCUGAUGCUCCUAUGAACACUGCUGCCAUUACUCCUUUGAAGGACUACGUUAUUUUAGGAGGUGGUCAAGAAGCUCGUAAUGUUACAACUACAUCUGAAAAUCAAGGUAAAUUUGAAGCCAGAUUUUAUCAUAAGAUUUUUGAAGAAGAUAUUGGACGUGUUAAGGGUCAUUUCGGUCCUUUGAAUACCAUUGCUGUUCAUCCAGAUGGUUCAGGAUAUACCAGUGGAGGAGAAGAUGGUUUUAUUAGAGUCCACACUUUUGACAAUUCGUAUACAGAAUUCUACUACGAUGUGGAAAGAACAGAAAGAGCCAUCGCUGCUGGUACCACUUAG